CUGGCAGGGCACCAUUUCUAUUGAAUUUUCUUGUAUGAGCGGUACAGAAGAAAGCCUCUCAGAGCAGAAUAAAUCCUUUAUGAUAUUAAAAACCAAUGCAUCAAGUUCACGAUGGUAUUUUCUAGUGGUUUCAGCCGCAUGAUACCCCUGAACAUUCGUGGAGACGAUGUUCAGCCUUAAAAUUCUGCGUAUUCCCGCGGUCCCCUCGAUUGAAAAUUCGAUGAAAUUUCACAGCAGCAACUAAAAAUCACAGCCAGAAAUUACCCUUGUGUGGUGCUUAUCAUCAUGAAAGGCGACGAGCUUCGCGCGCUGUCCUUGGCAAGCGACCUGGAGGCUGAGCCAAGCAUGGUGCAAAACUAUUAUGGCGUUUUCCCAAACAGCUUCACGAUCCACCUCGUGCACGUCGAUCAUGAAGAUAUCUACGGACUAUAUCAUCUGCGCGACGAGAAUGGGUAUACAUUUCAAGCGUUCAAAGCAUAUCACUUCAACAACAAGCGAGCCAUCACUCUUUACACCACGCCCCAGCUAGACUCUCCCAUCCUGGCAACCAUUAACAAGAACAAGGCGGGAGAUUUCCUAGCAAAACGAUCACUUACGCUGCCAUCGCCGCCAAGCCAGCCCUCGACAGAGCCGCUUGUCUUACCAGUCUAUCAUGUUGCGGACGAGUACCAGUUUGAGGUCCCGGCGCCUACAUUCGACAGCCCAGACCACGUGGAAAAGUAUGAUUGGCAAGAGGUGAAAAAGACACCGAAUCCACGACCCAGACAGCUCUUCCGCGUUGCAGAUAAUGAGGUCAUGUGUCGUGUCUCGCCAAUGCUGCAGCCACAAUCCAAGGUCAUCAAGGACAACGAUACCUUGCGCGCCACCGUUGCUUUUGAGGGCAAGGGCCUCACAGAGCUAGAUGACUACGCCAGGUUGGCGAUUGUUCUAGGCGCUUUGGAUCUCUGCCACAAGGCUGCCAAGUACAGACUCAUCUUUGCGAGCAAAUGGAGCGGGCCUGGGAAGGAUGUUGAGAAGCGAGCCAAGCACAUGAAGAACACAAAAGAUAAGAUUGGUUCAGCCGCUGGCAAAGCUGGGGCUAUCGUUGGCUUUAUUGCAAAUUUUGUGUAGCGCUUGGGACCAAAGAAUUUGAAAUAUCUCUUAUUUCUGGAAUCAUAUUUUCGACAAUUCAACAAAGAAGGACAGAUGUCUUAUUCUGUUGGUGCGCUGCAGGGUAGGGUUGGUAUCAAACCUUAUCGGCCAGGAUCGCAUCGAUCUCGAGGUCACCCUUGCAGAUGGAAAAGCGUCAUUAGUAACAGCAUAUUCACCAUAAUAUCAUAAUACGUGGCGU